CUCAGUUGGUUAACUACCUGAAUUUUCACCUUGUUGGUGAGGGUUCGAAUCCCCACAUUGUAAUCUCUUCCCCAUUUCUCCUUCGCCCGCCACUUAUGUAAUAAAAAAUAAUUUUUUUUUAAAAAAACUUCAAUUUCAAAUCAUGGCUCCAUGUAUAAACUCCUCCGGUUUAAGCAUUCCCCGGAUUUCCUCUUGCCUCACCACCAUUUCACCUCCGCUUUAAAUUUCGGUUCGUUUUUCCCUUCCAAGUGAAAUUUCGCUCUCCUGCUAAAUGGAACCGUCAUUUACACAUGAUCGAGAUGGUAAGGAGCAAUCGCAGAUAAGAUCAUCGUCUAUGCCUGAAGACGAAGAGUCCACCGUCUAUAUGGCAUGUCUUAUGCAUGGACACAGGAUUGGAGUUUCCUAUUACGAUGCCAGUACACGCCAACUCCAUGUGCUGGAAAUUUGGGAAGAUGGAAGUCAUGAUUUUUCCUUGAUUGAUAUGGCCUUACAGAGAAGUGAUGGUACAAGUGACGCUCCUUCUGUAAAGCUUGUGAAAAGUUCAGUUUUCAGCCAUGAGCAAGCAUGGCAUAGAUUGAUGUACCUUCAAGUCACAGGGAUGGAUGAUGGUUUGAACAUAAAAGAGAGAACUGCUUUUCUAAGUUCUAUGAUGGAUGUCAGUAGUGAUGUUCAAGUGCGUGCAAGUGGGGGCCUAUUAGCUGUACUGGAAAAUGAGCGGAUCAUAGACAGUCUCGAACUAAAUGAAAGUGGGAGCGCAUCAAUUGCAAUUGACUGCCUCUGUGAAAUUUCUCUUGACAAAUUUCUCAAAGUUGAUUCAGCUGCUCAUGAAGCCUUACAAAUAUUCCAAAUAGACAAGCAUCCUAGCCAUAUGGGGAUAGGCAGAGCAAAAGAAGGGUUCUCCGUAUUUGGGAUGAUGAAUAAGUGUGUAACCCCAAUGGGUAGACGACUCUUGAGGAGCUGGUUUCUGAGGCCUAUAUUGGAUCUUGAUAACCUGAAUAGGCGUCUUGACACUAUAUCUUUCUUCUUGUCUGCUGAAGCAAUUUCGCUCUCUUUACGUGAAACACUGAAGUCUGUAAAAGAUAUUCCCUGCAUUCUCAAGUUUCUUCCUCCUUUCUUGCUUCCGCAGAAAUUCAACUCUCCAAGUUCUAUAUCUACAAGUGCAGACUGGGCAGCUUUUCUGAAGAGUAUAUGUGCUCUCCUGCAUAUCAGCAAAAUAUUUGAAGUAGGCAUUUCUGGAUCUCUGCUAGAAGAAUUGAAGUAUUUGGACUUGGAUAUUGUUGAGCGGGCUGGAUUUCACAUUUCACUCGAUCUAGCUUAUGUCUGUGAAUUGGUAAUUGGUGUUAUUGAUGUUGAUAGAAGUAAAGAGAAGGGCUAUGAGACAAUAGUAAAAGAAGGUUUCUGUGAUGAGCUGGAUGAGCUGAGGCAGAUAUAUGAGGGAUUGCCAGAAUUUCUGGAAGAGGUUUCGGCCUUGGAACUUGCACGACUUCCUUGCAUGUAUGGAGACAAGGGGGUUCCUUCUAUCGUUUACAUACAUCAGAUAGGUUACUUAAUGUGCAUUUUCAAUGAAAAACUUGGUGAAGAAAUGCUGGAGAAUCUUCAGGACUAUGAUUUUGCAUUUGCUGAUGAGGAGGGAGAACAUAGGAGGUCCUUUUAUCAUACUGCCAAGACAAAAGAAUUGGAUAACCUUCUUGGAGAUAUAUAUCAUAAAAUCCUGGAUAUGGAGAGAGCUAUUACAAGAGACCUAGUGUCACAUAUUCUUCAAUUCUCAGUGCAUGUGCAUAAGGCUGUUAGUUUUGCAGCUGAGCUUGACUGCAUUUUAGCUUUAGCCUUGGUUGCACGUCAGAACAAUUAUGUAAGGCCAAAUUUGACUGCAGAAGAUUCACUUGAUAUAAGGAGUGGAAGACAUGUUUUGCAGGAGAUGACUGUAGACACAUUUAUUCCCAAUGACACAAAAAUUUCUCAUGAAGGAAGAAUUAAUAUCAUCACAGGCCCUAAUUAUUCGGGAAAAAGCAUCUACAUCAAGCAGGUUGCCUUGAUAGUUUUCCUUUCCCACAUUGGAAGUUAUGUACCAGCAGAUGCUGCCACAGUGGGUUUAACUGACAGGAUAUUUUGUGCCAUGGGGAGUAAGUUUAUGACUGCUGAACAAUCGACGUUUAUGAUUGAUCUCCAUCAAGUGGGAAUUAUGUUAAGGCAUGCAAGUCCUCGGUCCUUAUGUUUAAUGGAUGAGUUUGGUAAAGGCACCCUUACAGAAGAUGGUAUCGGUCUCCUUGGUGGAACAAUAAAUCACUUUGCAUCAUGCUAUGACCCUCCAAAGGGGUCUGUUUUGCAGGUCCUGGUUUGUACCCACUUGACAGAGAUAUUUGAUAAUAGCUGUUUACUGGAGUCAGACAGAAUCAAAUGUUACACGAUGAGUGUGCUUAGCCCUGAUAAAGAUUGUGCCGAUGUUGAAGACAUUGUGUUUCUCUAUAGGGUUAGUUACAAAACGCGCUGCGCAGUGGCGGAGCCACAUAUAGUUGAGGGGUGUCGACACCCCUUCGUCGGAAAAUUACACUGUGUAGCUAGGAAAGAUAAUAUCACCUACUCUUUUAUGCCUGACAGGUUGGUCCCUGGACGUGCACUCCUUAGCUAUGGGUUGCAUUGUGCCCGGCUGGCUGGAUUACCUCACGAAGUUUUAAAUCGAGCAGCAUUAGUAUUGGAUACUCUCAAGAAUGACAUCCAAGUUGAGAGACUUGGCAGUGAGGACAUAGUAGCUCAGGAUCAGCAGUACAAGGAUGCAGUGGAGAAGUUGCUAGCCUUCGAUGUUCAAAAAGGUGAUCUGCUCCACUUCUUUGAAGGUCUUUUCAAGCCAAUACUAAAAGGAGUAUCGUAGUCCUUUGACUUGUCUGUCAUAGUCACUUGUGAUUCAGUUAUAUUUGAUCAAUGACGCAACUGUAUCCGUUUAUCAUUUUUCUGGAAUCAUAACUAAAGCAAAGUCAGUAUCUUUUCUCUCAUGUCGCUUUGAGCUAUGGAAGACAAAUUAAUUGGCUCUUUUGAUAAAGGAUACUCCACGUUCAUGAUCACCGAAGGCAAAUUUAUGAUUUGAAAUUUAUGGAUUCCUACAAUAACUUCAAAUUAAUAUACAAUGAUAAUUGGGUUCACAGUUCAUAUAUUUAUAGA